UUUUUCCUUCGUACCCUUCGAUUAUUCAACCCUUAGCCUUGGAAGCAUCAUUUUUCUCCCGAUUUUCAAUUUCUUCUUUCGCGGCUCCGAGAAAACGUGCAAGAGGUAUCGCAAUGUCUGAAGCGUCCGAACCAAUCCGCACGACCACACCUGUGGACAUUAUCGACAGCGGCGUCAACAAGGACUCAAUUGAUUCUUCAAUCGAUCCUGAAAAUGAGGUUACUGGAGCUAAGCUACAACUCAUACAUAUGGGAAUUUGUCUAUGUACCUUUUUGGUCGGCCUGGAUUUCAAUGUCAUCGCGACCGCGGUUCCAGUUAUCACAUCCAAAUUCGACUCUCCCAAUCAUGUGGGGUGGUACGGAUCAGCAUUCUACAUGACACUCUGUGCGUCCCAGCCGCUGGCUGGUAAAACAUACACACUUUUCCCCAAGAAGCUCAACUACUUGAUUUACCUGGCCAUAUUCGAACUCGGAAGUCUAGUAUGCGCUCUCGCUCCAUCAUCUAGAGCGCUUAUAGCGGGGCGUGCUGUCGCUGGAUUUGGUGCUUCUGGCGUGUUUGCUGGCGGUUUCGUGCUCUUGACUACCAUCAUUCCGCUACACAAAAGAGCCAUAUACACGGGAACAAUGAGCUCAACUUUUGCAAUUGCUAGCAUUAUCGGGCCAGUCCUGGGCGGAGGUCUCACACAGCAUGCCAGUUGGCGUUGGUGCUUCUACAUCAAUCUUCCUAUUGGCGGUUUCGCAGCCCUAGUCUUCUUUCUUGUUUUUCACGUCAAGCCCGCGGUCACCGAAAAGGCGCCUCUCGCUGAAAAGCUCAGGGGUCUUGAUGGCGUCGGAUUUGUCUUGUUUUCAGCUGCUAUAACUAUGCUUCUCCUAGCCCUUCAGUGGGGUGGCCUUGAAUACUCUUGGAAAUCAUCCGUCGUCAUCGGCUUGUUUGUUGGAUUUGGACUGCUCCUUAUCCUAUUCAUCUGCUGGCAAAUAUACAUGCAAGACAAGGCGCUCAUCCCGCCUAAGCUAUUCAAAAAUCGCAACGUGUGGCUUAUAUGUACCAGCAGCUUCUUUGUAAACGGCCCCUUCCAAACGAUAGUUUAUUGGCUUCCCAUAUGGUUUCAGGUCGUACAGGGUGUUUCUCCAACACGAUCCGGCAUUCAUUAUCUUCCUACCGUCAUCUCUGAUGUUCUUGCUUCAUUCAUCGGGGCUGGCAUAGUCAUGAAGCUUGGGGUAUGGAACCCCUUUUUGUUAUUUGCAGAAGCAAUGGUCUGUAUUGGUGCUGGUCUACUGACAACCCUCGUUCCCGGAAUAUCGCAAGCGAAGUGGAUUGGCUUUCAAAUCUUUGGUGGUAUCGGCUAUUCUCUUGCGAGCAAUCUGGCUCACCUUGGAAUGCAAGCGUCUUUACCAAAAGAGCUUGUCCCAUUGGGUGCCACAAACCUGCUGACAAUCAUUUCAACAAGCUGUGCUAUAUUCCUUGGAAUCGGGCAAGCCGUAUUUGACGAUAGACUCAUUGUCAAUCUUGCGGAAGCUGUAGAUUCUGAAGUGGUGCAUCAAGUCAUUUCAGUUGGCGCCACGAGGGUCAGGGAAGUGACCAGCGAUGUCGACUUUGCGGCCGUCCUAAAAGCGUACAGCAGUGCCGCAACGCAAGUUUUUUAUAUUCCUGCUACUGCGCCAGUAAUGUCCUUUGCGUUGGUGGCACUGUGCAAAUGGACCUCAGUAAAAAAACCCGAAACGACUGGAGGCGAAAAGACCGUCGAGAAAGACGAAGAGCGAAAGUCACGAGUUUGA